AUGGACUCCUUCUAUAUAGACUCGAGCACAGAAGACUCACGUCAAUCUAGAUCAAGAGCCAACUCCCAUCUCUCCACAACAGCAUCGCACUUUCAAGGCUUAAACAUCCUUGAGUCCAUUCCUUUACCAACGCUUGGAUCAUCUGAUAUUCAUCCUUCUCAACCACCACGCUCCUUUCCACAUCAGGACAGAACUCAAUCACCAUCAUCUAUCAUCGAUUCACCUGCUCCUCAGCAACUCACUCCUUUUCCGUUACUAUCACAAAGUGAUCUGCACGCCGAGUUAUCUUACUUAGAAUCGACUCGAGGAUCAAUAGAAGGACUUGCACUCAGAUUUGAACCAGAAUCGUAUCUUGGAGAUCAAGACAGUGUCGGUGAACAAUCAUCAAUAUCACGUUCCAACUCAAUACCAGCAAACAUGUCUACUAUUGGGAUUCAGCAAUACGAUGCUCGCUUUGAGGCGGGACUUCGUCAAUCAUACACAUGGCCUCAUUUCGAGAUGAAUGAGCAAUUCAUUCCCCAAAUCUCUAGCCCUCAUUUGAGCCCUAACAUUCUCUCAUACGAAGAGCCUAAGAUGAUGCCUAUCUACGCUCGUUCUAUUUCAUCCAGUCCUCCACGGGCAAGCCUUACUCCUGAACAGAGAGAGUUGAAGCGCCAGCGUGAUCACGCACGAAGAGAUUCUAAGACCCGUGAUCGUGUUAGACGGGAACGUUCAACAAGCAACCCAUAUGUUGUGUCCCAGAGAGCUUCUCCAGAACUGUUGCCACGAACACUUCCCGAGUACACAACAAGCCUCACACCAUCUCCUCUUCUAGCUUCGGGGCCGCUUCCUCCACAACAACAAGCACAUCCAUCUCCUGCCUUGAGCAGCAGUUCUUACUUGACGCCAUACUCGCCACAGCUCGCCGAGAAUGGACAGUCUGAUAUGUACAGCCCAGUUUUCACAAUGAGCCCAAACGAUUUCACAUCAACACCAACUUUCACAUCUCUGCCGUACUCGAACGCCGGUCCAGAGUCUAGCAUUCACAGCUUCGUUGGCCGACCACACUCACACUCACUUUCAUCAGUCGGAUCUCAACCAAGUCUUUACCAGCACCAGCUUCCUAAAAUCGGUUCCUCGGAUAAUGGAGACCACGUUAGGGUCGUUCACAGCCGUCCUAAGCCACAGUGCUGGGAACACGGCUGUAACGGGCGCCAAUUUUCUACAUUUAGCAACCUCUUACGACAUCAGCGCGAGAAGUCUGGGGCCGCAGCAAAGUCAAGUUGCCCAAAUUGUGGAGCGGAAUUUACGAGAACUACUGCACGAAAUGGCCACAUGGCGCACGAGAAGUGCAAGCAACGGAGGAACUCAUAG